AUGAAGGGAGUCUGCUUCCCUUCCCUCCCUGUUGAGCUGGUCGAGUUGAUUUCAAGCUUUCUCGAUAUUGACUUGGUAGCAUUACGAUUGGUUUGUCGUGAACUCCAGAAGAAAACAUUCCAUCAUUUUGCGCAGCGGUUCUUUUCAUCUAUCAAGACCGACCUAUCUAGGGACAGUCUACGUCGCAUUGAUGCUCUCUCGCAGAAUAUUGCGCUACGCCCUUAUGUGAAUGGGUUAGCCUUCAUGCUCCAAAAUGGUGUCGGUCGCGGCUUGGUUUGGGACCGUCAUCCAUGGGGUCCGAUCUCCGCGCCGCUAGAGGUUGAGGCGAUUCGGUCUUUACGGGAUAAUUUGAUCCAGCACUUGACUAAUUGUCGAUCAUUCUUUGUCUUUUGUCGACACCCUGAGGGUCAUCCAGAUAUGGAUCAUGUCACUAUCACCGACGCUGUCGCUGUGUUCUUUGCCCUGGUCAUCGAUGCUCGUCUACCGGUUUCGUCGUUCCAUCUCAUAUAUGCCGAUAAAUACUCCCGCGCCUUGAUCAUGGACAUGCGUCGUCUUCCCAAGCUCCUCUAUCGUCAACCCGAGUUCAAAUUUGUGUGGGGCAAUCUACAAAAACUCUCCUUAGAACAAUAUCUCACGUUGGAUAACUUCGGCUUCCUGCUUGAGCUGGUUCUUAGCGCUCCAAACCUCCAAACCCUCUUGCUGAACGUCGGCUCACACGACUUGGCAGCGGAGUUCAUGCAUGAGCUGGCAGAGAGCGCCAGCUUUUCCCAACUGCGUGAACUCGCAUUGUUCCGGACAUCCAUGCGGGGUCCCGAUCUCCACAAAUUACUCGGGAAUAUCCGCCCAAACUUGACUUCACUCACAUUAUACCAUGUUUCACUAACACCGGGAAGCGAUUGGGCGCCAUUUUUAAAGGAGCUGAGUCAGGGAUUUCUGGCCUUACAAAGCAUCUCCCUUCACUGUCUGUGGGCCAGUACGCCUGCUAAAGGUGUCUUCAUCUUUCCAGACAUUCCACAGACACCUUCACUGUGCACUUCGAAGGGCCAACAUUUGACUAUGUUCUAUUCUGAAGAUAUCGAAACCCCCACUGUCCUCGGGGUCGAGUAUUCAGGGUCGAAGAUGUCACAAGUGUUGAGUUUAUUACAGAAGACGGAAAGACCUUGCUCACGGACGGAGCGGCUUACUCCUAUGUAA